AGGUUGCGGUGACUGGAGAGAGACGGGACACGGGGAGACAGGACUGCGUUCGCAGCCGGAGUAGGGGGGCGACAGGGAGAGACGGGACCGGGCUCGCAGGCCGCGACACGGGAAAACAAGACAAGACUCGUAGGCCGGGACACACAGGGCUCUUAUAGGGAGAGACAGGAUCGGGUUCGUAAGCGCUGGGAAUAGGGAGAGGCAGAACCGGGAUCGCAGGCCGAGACAACCCACUGGAGUCGGGCCAGAUCCCAGGGAAAGGCUCAGAGACUCGGGCAGCAGCAGCAGCAGCAGCGCCGCCGCCAUCACUGUCCACCCGGGAGGCGUCUAUUGACCGCCGGCUAAGUCCGCCCUCUCCCCCGACAAAAUGUCCAUCUUCACCCCCACCAACCAAAUCCGACUGACCAAUGUGGCGAUCGUCCGCAUGAAGAGAGCGGGCAAACGCUUUGAAAUCGCCUGCUACAAGAACAAAGUCAUGAGCUGGAGGAAUGGAGCUGAAAAGGAUCUCGAUGAAGUUCUUCAGACACACACGGUAUUUACUAAUGUAUCGAAAGGACAGGUGACAAAGAAGGAGGAUUGUAUUGCAGCUUUUCAGACAGAUAAUCUGACUGACAUUUGUAAGCAGAUUUUGGCAAAGGGUGAAUUGCAAGUAUCUGAUAAGGAGCGGCAUGCACAGCUCGAACAGAUGUUCCGAGACAUAGCGACUAUCGUAGUAGAGAAGUGUGUCAACCCUGAAACAAAGAGACCAUAUACCGUGAACCUAAUAGAGCGUGCCAUGAAAGACAUUCACUACUCUGUGAAGGCCAACAAGAGCACAAAGCAGCAGGCAUUGGAAGUAAUCCGAUUACUCAAGGAGAGUAUGCAGAUCGAACGUGCUCACAUGAGACUUCGACUUAGGAUUCCAAUAAAGGAUGGAAAGAGGCUGAAGGACAAACUGAAGCCACUAAUAAAAACAAUGGAAAGUGAGGAAUUUGCUGAAGAUUUGGAUAUUGUAUGUUUGAUUGAUCCUGGUUGCUUCAGAGAAAUUGAUGAACUAAUUCGACAUGAAACAAAAGGAAAGGCUUCCCUGGAAGUUCUCAGCUUAAAGGAGGUGGAAGAAGGAGAUGAAAAACUUGAAUAAGUUGCUCAUGAAAGCUUUAGUCCAGCUGCUGAACUAUGUUUAAGUAUUCUUAAUACACACAAGUACCAAUAAAUAUUCACUUGAUUUAUGUGCACAAUGACUAUUGGUUUCAAUGGAACCCCAAAAGGAAUAAAUUGGCAGUUAAUGUUUUAAUCCUCGAACCACUUGAUGUUCUUUACAGCAGUAUUCUCCUUGAGUUUUUCUCCUUGUAUUUAAUUAAAUUGUUUCAAGCCUCUAAAA